GCGGCGAGCCCAGGUCGGACUUCCUCGGAGCCUGGCGAUCAGCGAAGAUCCCAUCUUCGACUCCAGCUCUCUGCCCUAGCCCGCGCCCUCCGGAGCCCCGGACCCGAGCACGAUGUGGAAACGCUGGCUGGCGCUAGCGCUGGUGGCCGUCGCCCUGGUCCACGGCGAGGAAGAACCAAGGAGCAAAUCCAAGAUCUGUGCCAAUGUGUUUUGUGGAGCUGGCCGGGAGUGUGCAGUCACAGAGAAGGGGGAGCCCACAUGCCUCUGCAUUGAGCAAUGCAAACCUCACAAGAGGCCUGUGUGUGGCAGUAAUGGCAAGACCUACCUCAACCAUUGUGAACUCCACAGAGAUGCCUGCCUCACUGGAUCCAAGAUCCAGGUUGAUUAUGACGGACACUGCAAAGAAAAGAAGUCUGUGAGUCCAUCUGCCAGCCCAAUUGUCUGCUAUCAAGCUAACCGUGAUGAGCUCCGGCGUCGCAUCAUCCAGUGGCUGGAAGCUGAGAUCAUUCCAGAUGGCUGGUUCUCUAAAGGCAGCAACUACAGUGAGAUCCUGGACAAGUACUUCAAGAACUUUGAUAAUGGUGACUCUCACCUGGACUCCAGUGAAUUCCUGAAAUUUGUGGAGCAGAAUGAAACAGCCAUCAACAUCACCACUUAUGCUGAUCAGGAGAACAACAAACUGCUCAGAGGACUCUGUGUUGAUGCUCUCAUUGAACUGUCUGAUGAGAACGCUGACUGGAAACUCAGCUUCCAGGAGUUCCUCAAGUGCCUCAACCCAUCCUUCAACCCUCCUGAGAAGAAGUGUGCCCUGGAGGACGAAACCUAUGCAGAUGGAGCUGAGACGGAGGUAGACUGUAAUCGCUGUGUCUGUUCCUGUGGACACUGGGUCUGCACUGCAAUGACCUGUGAUGGAAAGAAUCAGAAGGGGGCCCAGACCCAGACAGAGGAGGAGAUGACCAGAUAUGUCCAGGAACUCCAGAAGCACCAGGAAACAGCUGAAAAGGCCAAGAAGGUAAACACCAAAGAGAUCUAACAAGAAGCACACACAGCACCGUGUCUGGAGCCCAGCGCCUCCUCUUCAGCGCUGAGUCCAGUAUACACGAGCGUCUGCUGAAAUCAACAAACCACCAGUAUUUGCUUGUAUGGCGAUGAAUAUUAUUUCGUUUGUUUUGCAAUGAAGGAAAUGAGGCUGGCUGGCUAGCGAGGGAAGGCCACAACCUUCAUUUCUAGGAGUGCUUUAAGAGACACUAAAGGGCACUUUGGGGCUGGAAGCAAGGAAGGAAACUGCAUCAGGCUGGCAGAGGAGCAGACCCAGGUCUGAAUGAGUCCGUUCUGGGUGCACAGCAGCUGUGUGGAGGCUACAGGAAAAGCAUGUGAUGUUGCGGGGAGAGCUGAGCCGGCUUUGCUGGAGAAAGGGUGGGGAGCUCUGUGGAGAGGGAAGCACUGUCAGCAUGACAGACUGCAGCAUAUCCGCUUCCCCCCUUGGUCCCAACAAUCACCUGAAUACACAGCCAUCCCACUAGUUACCUGUGUCCCUCAAAUUUGGAUGGACUUUUCAGGAGGGUGUGUUUAAAUGAUGCAGAUACUUAGAUACUUCAAGCGCCAUGGAGACCUAACCAAAAUUUUAGAAGACAUUUUUUUUUUUUUUACCAAAGGUGCUAUUUCUCUAUAAAAGACUUUUUUUUGCAAGCUGACUUCAUUCCUCAAUUAUUAUCAUUAUAUUAUUGUCAUUUUUUAGUAUUUCAUUUUCUUGACUAGAUAUUAAGCUUUUGUAAUUAUUUUUUUUCAAUAGCCUUCCAUAUCAGAGGUGAAAGGGGUUUGGGAGUUUUUCUGGGUACAGGGAACCCUGUAACAUAGAAGGCCUUUGCCCUGUCACCCACUAGACUAGAUGCCACCCAGAGCUACACCACCCCACCGCAGGCUUCCAGAAGGUCAGCUGCAUGCCAAGAAGCAUGAGGUGCCUCAGACAGAAGCCAUAGAAAGAAGCGUCUUCAUAGACAGUUGUUGAGAUCCAAAGAAUUCAUUUGUUUUUGUUUCUUGUAAGAAGUUCAAAGGACAGAACCCCAGGCUACCCCAGCCUGCCAACACUCUGUGAUCUGUGAUCUGUGGCUAACUGGCCGAGUGGCUGGGGCCCUCUAGGUCUGCUCCUACUUCUAGGUGUCAGUUUCCUUUGUAAACUUGAUAAGAAUGCAUCUUAGGAUUUAAGAAAUGAUACAGUUUGUGGUUUGGGUAACUGGUCCAGAGGGAGCUAGGGUCCUGUGACUCCCUUCUUUCUCCUUAGGAUAGAUGAAACCACACAGCAAGAAAAGACAGCCAGUAACAGCAUGACGAGGUUUUGCCUUGGUCUAAAUGAUCUUUUCAGGUGGCUGGGGUGAGGACUUUAUGGAUCAAUUUGCCCAAGAAGAGAGUGUGAAGGAGAACAUCCAACCUUCUCGAAAUGGUGCACAUGAGUGCAAUCUCUGGUUGGAGUAAGAGAUUUCCCCAUACAGAUGAAGAUAAAAGUUUUCAGAUUUGAAUGCAGUUAAAAAUGAAGAUUAAAUCUUAAACCUUAGCACUUAAGGCGGGGGAACUACUCAGUUAUUGCAAGUCAGUCCUUUUUUUGACCUCUGAUUCUUAAACUCCCUUAUUGCCAUGUUUCAUGUGCAUUUAACAUCACACAUACACACAAAAAAAAUCAAAACCUUAUCUCAUUUGCAAAACUCAAACUAUAGACCCUCCAAAUAAAUUACUGAGAUUUUCCUGAAUAGGCAAAUGUGGAAAGUUGGGAUAGAAGCAGAAUUCCUCCUAAAUAGUUUUUCCUGUUCUCAUUUGAAAGGAGACAGCUCCACAUUGCUGAGUGGCCUGUGCUUUUUUGUACCACCCCAUUCAAAAACUCCUUGAACCCCUUGUACAGUCUGGAUUUCAGCUUCCUCUCCAAGUGCCUUGGAGAACUCACAGCAGCAUGCCUUAAUCAAAAGUUUUGCCAGUUCUUGGACAUGAUGGGAGAGGGCAGGAGUAUCAGUUUGCUCAAAGCAAGUAGCUACAGUGUCUGUUCACCAGUCAUCUUUAGAACAGUGGUUUUCAACCAAGACUAUCCCACCUCGUAACACUAAAUACACAAGGGCAAGCUCACAUUCCUCUUGAGUUCCGCUACUUCUGUAUAAGUAAGGCAGCUGUUGUCUAUACCACCAUAGAUUCGUGUGAUACCUAAACUAUUCAUGAAAAGCUGCUAAGUAGCCUAGUUUGGGGAGCCUUAGGUAGAGCUUUGCAUGGGACCAACAAGCAGGAUUGCAUCAAGUUCAGUUCCUACAGUCCUCCAGAAGCCUAUAGGCCAAGACUGCAGGCUCCCUGGGCUUUCUGAGAUUUGUUUUGUUUUAAUAAACAAUAGUGUCUGUUAAGAUUCAAAGCCGAGGGAGGUUUUCCCAUAUACAUAUGCCAUGACUCUGGAUACUACUGUCAGUCUUGGGAAAGCAGGCUCCUUCUGUAACCAAGUCCAUGUGAACAGUCUGAAUUCCUUCUAUGCCUAUGAUCUAAAUAGUUAAACUUCAGGAAACAAUUUCAACAGAUCUCUGUUGCCCAUGUGGUCAUGAAAAUUCAUUUGUAUUUAGUGUGCUUCCAUAUUUCAUUUAACUUGUUUUUGUAAUUUCUGAUUUUUGUUACUAUUAAUAAAUAAAAAUAAAAUAAGA